GCCGUCCAUGCGGCUGGUGUUCGAGAUCAGCCACCUGCGGGCGGCCACCCCGGCCACCGUCUCCCGCGCCGGCAUCCUGUACGUCAGCCCCCAGGACCUGGGCUGGAGCUCGUACGUAACGAGCUGGAUUGACACUCGACGCGCUCAGUCAGAAAGGGCCAAUCUGACCAUAUUGUUCGAUAAGUACGUCCCGUACUGCUUGGAGCAAGUGAGGUGCAAUCUGAAAACAAUCACGCCGAUUCCUGAGAACAGUAUGGUGCAGACGCUGUGCUCGCUCCUGGACUGCCUGCUGACCCCGGAGAACACCCCCCCGGACUCGCCCCGGGAGCUCUACGAGCUUUAUUUCGUCUUUGCCUGCGUCUGGGCCUUCGGGGGCGCCCUCUUCCAGGACCAUCUCAUUGACCACCGGUCUGAGUUCAGCCGCUGGUGGACCAAGGAGAUGAGGUCGGUCAAGUUCCCCUCCCAGGGCACGGUCUUCGACUACUUCAUCGACCCCGACACCAACAAGUUCGCCCCCUGGAGCGACAGAAUACCUUCCUUUGAGCUGGAACCCGACAUUCCCCUGCAGACGGUCCUGGUGCAUUCUGCGGAGUCCAUUUGCCUGUCGUACUUUGUGGACCUGCUACUGCAGAAGGGAAAGCCAGUGAUGCUGGUGGGAAAUGCAGGCGUGGGGAAAACCAUCCUGGUGUCCGACAAGGUGGCCCAGCUCAGGGAGGACUACAUGCUGGCCAAAAUUCCCUUCAAUUACUACACCACCUCAGCCAUGUUACAGCGUGUUCUGGAAAAACCGUUGGAGAAAAAAGCUGGCCGAAACUUUGGUCCAUCUGGCACCAAGAAGCUCAUCUACUUUAUUGAUGAUUUGAACAUGCCAGAGGUAGACGUCUAUGGUACAGUCCAGCCCCAUACCCUUAUAAGGCAGCAUCUAGACUACAGCCACUGGUAUGACAGACAGAAGCUGCUUCUAAAGGAGAUUCAUAACUGCCAGUACAUCACCUGUAUGAAUCCUGCUGCUGGGAGUUUCUCAGUCAAUCCCAGACUUCAGAGGCACUUCUCGGUUUUCGCGGUGCACUUCCCUGGCGUGGAUGCACUGACCACCAUCUACAGCAGCAUCCUGGGGGCCCACUUCCAGCAGGGCGGGUUCAGCUAUGGCGUCACCAGGUCCGUGGGGUCUGUUGUCCAAGCUGCCAUAUGCCUGCACCAGAAGAUGACGCAGAACUUCCUUCCGACAGCCAUCCGCUUCCACUACAUCUUCAACCUGAGGGACCUGUCCAACAUCUUCCAGGGAAUCCUGUUUGCUCUCCCCGAAUGUGUGCGCUAUCCUAUCGAUCUGGUGCAUUUAUGGCUGCACGAAUCCUCCCGGGUUUAUUCUGACAAGCUGAUGGAGGAGAAAGACGUGGAGCUGUUCAAUAAAAUCCUGCUGGACACAGGGAAGAGGUACUUUGAGGGCAUAGACGAGUCCAUCUUCAUCCACCAGCCUCUCAUAUACUGCCACUUCGCCCACGGGAUGGGGGAGUCCCGCUACGUGCAGGUGUCCGACUGGGAGAAGCUACACAAGACCCUGACGGAUGCCCUGGAGCACUACAACGAGCUGCACGCCGUCAUGAACCUGGUGCUUUUCCAGGAGGCCAUGGAGCACAUAUGCCGGAUCAGUCGGAUCCUGGAGGCCCCACACGGGAACGCCCUCCUGAUCGGGGUGGGCGGGAGCGGGAAGCAGAGUCUGUGUCGCCUCGCCGCCUUCAUCAGCAUUUUGGAGGUCUUCCAGAUCACCCUUCGCAAGGGAUACGGCAUCCACGACCUGAGGAGCGACAUCGCUGCCCUGUACCUGAAAGUGGGGGUGAAGAACAUUGGGACCGUGUUCCUCCACACCGACACCCAGAUACCCGACGAGCGCUUCCUGGUUCUCAUUAACGACAUGCUGGCGUCAGGGGACAUCCCAGAUCUGUUCAGCGAGGAGGAGCUGGACCUGAUCACCUCCUCUAUCCGCAUGGAGCUUCGUGGCCUGGGCCAGCUGGACACCAGAGAGAACUGCUGGCAGUUCUUCAUCGAGCGAAUCCGCCGGCAGCUGAAGGUGGUCCUGUGCUUCUCGCCCGUGGGCUUCACUCUGCGCACGCGUGCCAGGAAGUUCCCGGCGCUGGUGAACUGCACCGCCAUCGACUGGUUCCACGCCUGGCCGCAGCAGGCCCUGCGCUCAGUCAGCAGCACCUUCAUCCACAGCCUGGAGGGCCUGGAGCCCGAAGUGAAGGAUUCCGUAAGCGAGUUCAUAUCCUACGCGCACACCAGCGUGAACGAGGUGAGUGCCAGGUACCAGCAGAACGAGAAGCACUACAACUACACCACCCCAAAGAGCUUCCUGGAGUUCAUGAAGCUCUACGGCAACCUGCUGGGCAAGAAGAGGAAGGAGCUGACCCAGAAGAUGGAGAGGCUGGAGAACGGGCUGCAGAAACUGCAGAGCACCGCCCAUCAGGUGGAGGAUCUGAAGGCGAAGCUGGCCGUACAGGAAGUGGAGCUGCACCAGAGGAACACGGACACGGAGGCGCUCAUCGCGAAGAUCGGCCAGCAGACUGAGAAGCUCAAUCAGGAGAAGGCCAUCGCAGAUUCUGAAGAGCAAAAAGUGGCAGCCAUUCAGGCCGACGUCACAAAGCAGCAGAAGGAGUCCGAGGACGACCUGGCCAAAGCCGAGCCCGCCCUGCAGGCUGCUAACGCCGCACUUAACACCUUGAACAGGCUGAACCUGACGGAGCUGCGCACCUUUCCCAACCCUCCUGGGAUUGUGUCCAACGUGGCGGCCGCUGUGCUGGUCCUUCUGGCGCCACAGGGCCGCAUUCCCAAGGACCGCAGCUGGAAGGCAGCCAAGGUGUACAUGAGCAAGGUGGAUGACUUCCUGCAGGCCCUGGUGAACUUUGACAAAGAGCACAUUCCGGAGGCCACCGUGAGGGUGGUGCGGGAGGAGUACCUGAGCGACCCCGAGUUCAACCCCGAGUUUGUGCGCCAGAAGUCAUCGGCCGCUGCGGGGCUGUGUGCCUGGGUGAUCAACAUCGUCCGCUUCCACGAGAUGUUUGUGUACUGUGAGGUGGAGCUGAAGAGGCUCUGUCUGGCCCAGGCCAACGCUGACCUGAUCGAGGCUGCAGACAAGCUGGAGGUCAUCCGCAGGAAGCUGGCUGAGCUGGAUAACAGCUUGGACACUCUGAAGGCAGCCUAUGAGAAAGCCACAUCAGAGAAGCUGCGGUGUCAGGAUGAGGUCAACAGGACCAAUAAGACCAUUGAGCUGGCCAACCGCCUGGUGAAGGGCCUGGAGUCAGAGAAUGUGCGCUGGGCCCACUCUGUGGCUCAGUACCAUGAGCAGGAGAAGACUCUUUACGGGGACGUUCUCCUCACCUCUGCCUUCAUCUCCUACGCUGGCUCCUUCUCCAAGAAGUACCGGCGCGAGCUAGUGGAGACCCUGUGGAUGCCCUUCCUCCGCAGCCAGAAGAUUCCCAUUCCCAUGACUGAGGACCUGGAGCCAGUCAGAAUGCUGACAGACGACGCCACCAUUGCCAAAUGGAACAAUGAGGGCCUGCCCAGUGACAGGAUGUCCACGCAGAACGCCACCAUCGUCACCAACUGCGAGCGCUGGCCCCUCCUCAUCGACCCCCAGCUGCAAGGCGUCAAGUGGAUAAAGAGUCGCUAUGGCGCCGACCUCAAGGUCAUCAGCCUGGGGCAGAAAGGGUAUGUGGAUGUUAUUGAGCAAGCAGUGGUCUCAGGACACCCAGUCUUAAUUGAGAACCUGGAGGAAACAGUUGACCCAGUGAUUGAUCCUCUUUUAGGGAGACACACCAUAAAGAAGGGGAGGUUCAUCAAGGUGGGUGAUAAAGAAUGCUACUUCCACCCGGCCUUCCGACUCAUCCUGCACACUAAGCUGGCCAACCCGCACUACAAGCCCGAGAUCCAGGCCCAGACCACCCUCAUCAACUUCACGGUGACCCGGGACGGCCUGGAGGACCAGCUCUUAGCUGAGGUUGUCAACCUGGAACGGCCGGACCUGGAGCAUCUUAAGUCGGAUUUGACCAAGCAGCAGAACUACUUCAAGAUCGAGCUGAAGCAGCUGGAGGACGAGCUCCUCACCAGGCUCUCCGCCGCUGAGAGCAACUUCCUGGGGGACAACCUGCUGGUGGAGAAGCUGGAGACCACCAAGCACACCGCUGCUGAGAUUGAGAUGAAGGUCCUGGAGGCGAAAGUUAAUGAAGUAAAAAUUAACGAGGCCCGUGAGCACUACCGUCCCGUGGCCGCGAGAGCAUCGCUGCUCUACUUCAUCAUGAACGAUCUCAACAAGAUCAAUCCCAUGUACCAGUUCUCCCUCAAGGCCUUUAAUGUGGUGUUUCACAAUGCCGUGCACCAGGCCGCGCCCUCAGACCAUGUCAAGACCCGGGUGAACAUCCUCAUCGACAGCAUCACCUUCUCCACCUUCAACUACAUCAGCCGAGGCCUGUUUGAGAGGGACAAGCUUACCUUCAGUGCCCAGCUGACCUUCCAGCUUCUGCUCAUGAGUAAAGAGAUCGAUGUCAGAGAGCUGGACUUCCUGCUCCGGUUCAACAUCGAUCACAGCUACAUCAGCCCUCUGGACUUCCUGUCCAACUCGGCAUGGAGCGCCAUCAAGACCAUGAGCUUCACGGACGAGUUCCGGGGCCUGGACAGAGACAUCGAGGGCUCCCCCAAACGCUGGAAGAAGGUGGUGGAGUCUGAGUGUCCGGAGAAGGAGAAGUUUCCGCAGGAGUGGAAGAAUAAGAGCUCCCUACAGAAGCUCAUCAUGAUGCGUGCCCUCCGCCCUGACAGGAUGACCUAUGCUCUCAGGAACUUUGUAGAGGAGAAGCUGGGAGUGAAAUACACCGAGGGGCGCAAGACGGAAUUUGCCAAAUCGUUCAAAGAGAGUGGGCCCGCCUCCCCCGUGUUCUUCAUCCUGUCCCCCGGGGUGGAUCCGCUCAAAGACGUGGAGGCGCUGGGUCGGAAGCUGGGGUUCACCAUUGACCUGGGGAAGCUGCACAAUGUGUCCCUGGGCCAGGGGCAGGAGGCGGUGGCUGAGGUUGCCAUGGAGAAAGCAUCCAAGGAGGGACACUGGGUGAUUCUGCAGAACAUCCACCUGGUGGCCAAGUGGCUGGGCAGCCUGGAGAAGCUGCUGGAGCGCUGCAGUGAGGGCAGCCAUGUUGACUACCGCGUGUUCAUGAGCGCGGAGCCCGCCCCCACCCCCCAGGAGCACAUCAUCCCCCAGGGCAUCCUGGAGAACUCCAUCAAGAUCACCAACGAGCCGCCCACUGGCAUGCUGGCCAACCUGCACGCUGCCCUCGACAACUUCGACCAGGAUAUCCUGGACCAGUGCUCGCGGGAACAGGAAUUCAAGACCAUCCUCUUCUCCCUCUGCUACUUCCACGCCUGCGUGGCGGAGAGGCGGAAGUUCGGGCCGCAGGGCUGGAACAGGAAGUACCCCUUCAACACCGGCGACCUCACCAUAUCCGUCAACGUCCUCUACAACUACCUGGAGGCCAACUCGCAGGUACCCUGGGAGGACCUGCGCUACCUGUUUGGGGAGAUCAUGUACGGGGGUCACAUCACUGACGACUGGGACAGGAGGCUGUGCCGCACUUACCUGGAGGAGUACAUGCAGCCCAACCAGUUUGACAGGAAACUGGCUCUGGCUCCAGGUUUUGUAGUUCCGUCCAACCUGGACUACCAGGGUUACCAUGGCUACAUUGAUGAGAUGCUUCCUCACGAGAGCCCGGUGCAUUACGGCCUGCACCCGAACGCGGAGAUCGAGUUCCUCACGGUGACCUCCGACAGCCUGUUCCACACCCUGCUGGAGCUCCAGUCCAGAGACUCAGUGAUGGGGGAGGGGGCGUCCCAAACUAUAGAGGAAAAGGUAAAAACAAUCCUAGAUGAUAUCCUGGAGAAAUUACCGGAGGAGUACAACAUGUCAGACAUCACCUCCAAAACAGCAGAGCGAUCCUCGUACAUCCUAGUGUGCUUCCAGGAGUGCGAGCGCAUGAACAUGCUCAUCAGCGAGAUCCGUCGCUCCCUCAGAGAGCUGGACCUGGGACUAAAGGGCGAGUUGGCAAUUUCCUCAGAGAUGGAGGAACUGCAGACGGCCCUUUUCUUUGACAACGUCCCCCACACCUGGACCAAGCUGGCGUAUCCGUCCGCACUCAACCUGGCGCCGUGGUACAGUGAUGUACUGCUACGAUGCAGGGAGUUGGACAGCUGGACGCAGGACCUGGUGCUGCCCACCGUGGUGUGGCUGUCGGGACUCUUCAACCCCCAGUCCUUCCUUACAGCCGUGAUGCAGAGCCUGGCCCGGAAGAACGAAUGGCCCCUCGACAGAAUGAACCUGACCGUCGACGUCACCAAAAAAUUCAAGGAGGAUUUCAACCAGCCGGCUAGAGAGGGGGCGUACGUGCAUGGCCUUUUCAUGGAAGGGGCCAGAUGGGACAUCCAGGGGGGAAAUAUCGCCGAGGCCAGGCUGAAGGAGCUCACGCCGAGCAUGCCCGUUAUCUUCGUCCGGGCCGUCCCCAACGACCGCCAGGAGACCCGCAACAUCUACGAGUGCCCCGUCUACAAGACCAAGCAGCGGGGCUCCACCUACGUGUGGACCUUCCCCCUGAAGACCAAGGAGAGGCCGGCCAAGUGGGUGCUGGCGGGCGUGGCUCUGCUCCUGAGUGUGUGAGGUUAGCGGGAUGGUGUGGCUCUGCUGAGUGUGUGAGGUUAGCGGGAUGAUGUGGCUCUGCUGAGUGUGUGA